AUGCUGAACUCUUUAGAAGAGAGCACUUACAGAUGUUUGAUUUCUUUCAGGUCUUCAGAUUUUGGGACAUUAUACACAAAGUUGAAUCUACAGCCUGGGAUUGCCACUGUUAUUGACAAUUUCUACAUUUGUCCCACCAACAAAAAAAAGAUAAUUCUUGUAAGUUCUUCCCACAAUGACCGUGACCAAAGCCUUUUCAUAAGCACAGAUGAAGGAGCCACUUUCCAGAAACAACCCAUUACUUUCUUUGUGGAAACCCUCCUUUUUCACCCAAAAGAAGAAGAUAAAAUACUUGCUUACACCAAGGAAGGCAAGGUCUAUGUAUCUACUGACUUGGGGAAAAAAUGGAUCCUUCUGCAGGAACGAGUUUCUAAAGAUCAUAUUUUUUGGGCCGUUGCUGGAGUUGACGCAGACCCUGAUUUAGUUCAUAUGGAAAUCCAGGACCCCAGUGGAGGUUAUCGCUACAUCACUUGCCAGAUUCAAAAUUGUUCUGAUAAGACAAUGACAGUCCCAUUUGCUGGUAGUACUGAUCGGGAUUCCCUGACUGUGCAGGAUGACUACAUAUUUCUGCAGACAACAUCAGCAAAUCGGACCAAGUAUUACGUGUCUUACCGUCGAAAUGGCUUUGUACAAAUGAAGUUGCCAAAAUAUGCGUUGCCAAAAGAUUUACAAAUAAUCAGUACAGAUGAAAACCAAGUUUUUGUGGCUGUUCAGGAGUGGUACCAGACAGACACAUACAACCUGUACCAGUCUGACCCACAAGGUGUUUACUACUCUAUCCUGCUGGAGAACGUCCGGAGCACGAAGCAGCCAGAAGAGAAUGUCCUGAUAGAUAUCCUGGAGGUCAGAGGUGUAAAAGGAGUUUUUCUGGCCAACCAGAAAAUUAAUGGGAAAGUUACAACUCUGAUAACCUACAACAAAGGCCGUGACUGGGAUUUUCUAAACCCUCCAGACAUUGAUAUGAAUGGCAAACCAACAAACUGCAAACCUCCUGAUUGCUACCUUCACCUCCAUCUCCGGUGGGCAGACAAUCCCUAUGUGUCGGGAACAGUCCACACGAAGGACACUGCACCAGGGCUCAUAAUGGGGGCAGGUAACCUGGGGUCCCAGCUGGUUGAGUAUAAAGAGGAGAUGUACAUAACGUCUGACUGUGGGAACACGUGGCGUCAGGUCUUUGAAGAAGAGCACCAUAUCUUGUACUUGGACCAUGGUGGAGUUAUUGUGGCUAUCAAAGACACCUCUAUCCCUCUGAAAAUACUCAAGUUCAGCAUAGAUGAAGGCCAGACUUGGAGCACACAUAAUUUUACCAGCACUUCAGUCUUUGUAGAUGGAUUACUUAGUGAACCUGGAGAUGAGACACUGGUCAUGACAGUCUUUGGACAUAUUAGCUACCGUUCGGACUGGGAACUGGUGAAGGUGGACUUCAGACCAUCCUUCCCCAGGGAGUGCACUGAUGAUGACUACGAGUCUUGGGAGCUCACAAAUCUGCAGGGUGAUCGCUGCAUCAUGGGCCAGCAGAGAAGCUUUCGAAAGAGGAAGAUUUCAUCAUGGUGCAUUAAAGGGAGAAGUUUCACAUCAGCUCUCACAUCCAAAGUUUGUGAAUGUGUGAACUCUGAUUUCUUAUGUGAUUAUGGGUUUGAGCGCUCUGCACUUCUGAAGUCGGAGUCUAACAAAUGCUUUGCUGACUUUUGGUUUAACCCAGAAGCACCGCCUGAAGACUGUGUGCUGGGGCAGGCAUACACCAGCAGCACUGGGUAUAGGAAAGUUGUCUCUAAUGUGUGUGAAGGUGGUGUAGACCUGCAGCAGAAUGUAGCACAGCAUAUGUGUCCAUUGAUUGCUCCCAAGGGACUUCAGAUCAGCAUCAGAGAAGAAAGCCUGGCUGUUAGGCCUGGGGAAGACAUCACCUUCAUUGUCAGACAAGAGCAGGGUGAUAUAUUGAGUACCAAAUACCAGGUAGAUCUUGGAGAUGGCUUUAAGGCGAUAUAUGUGAACCUUACGAUGACUGGAGAACCCAUCCGUCACCGCUAUGAGAAUCCUGGGAUUUACCGUGUGUCAGUGAAGGCUGAGAAUGUGGCUGGGCAUGAUGAGGCUGUGGUGUUCAUCCAAGUCAACUCUCCACUCCAGGCUUUAAACUUAGAAGUGAUUCCAGUCAUUGGAAGAAACCAGGAGGUGAACCUGACAGCCAUCAUACUGCCUAAGAACCCUAAUUUGACAGUUUUCUACUGGUGGAUAGGAAACAAUCUUCAGCCACUGCUUACAUUGGAGAGUUUUCUGGUGACCAAGUUUGCUGAGACAGGUGAUGUCCGAGUUACAGUGCAAGUUUCCUGUGGGAGCUCCAUGCUUCAGGACUCAAAAGUUGUCCAUGUUUUUGAUCAUUUUCACGUUCUUCCAUUGAAGUUUACUAAACACCUGGACAUGUACAACCCCGACAUACCAGAGUGGAGGGAAGACAUAGGGCGGGUAGUAACACGACUUCUUGCAAAGGAAACCAAUAUACCUGAAGAAACACUCAUGACAGUUGUGAAACCUGGUCUGCCCACAGCUGCUGACUUGCAUGUGCUACUACCAGCAAACCAACCAAAAAAGAAGAGAAGUUUAACUAGUGAUAAGAGAAUAGCAGCUAUAAAGCAGGCCCUGAAUGCACACAACAUCAGUUUCUUUCUGAGGGGAGGAUACUGGGUCUUGGUGACUUUAGCUGACUCCAGUUCAGAUUCUCAGAGGAUUGGAGGAGGCAGUGGCUACUGGGCUAUUGUGGUUCUCUUUGUUAUCUGUCUAGUUGCAGUCGGGGCUUUCAUCCUCUACAAGUUCAAAAGGAAACUGCCAGGCAGAAAUGUCUACGCCCAGAUGCACAAUGAAAAAGAGCAGGAGAUGACAAGCCCUGUUAAUCACAGUGAGGACACCCAGAACAUCAUCCAGGGUGAGGAGUUUAUUGAUGAUGAUCUGGACUCUCAAACACUAGGUAACGCAAGAGUGACUCCUUCUGGGAGAAGUGGCAGCUUGAACAGCUACAGAGUUCCCUUAUUGCUGAUGCCGGUCAGUGUCCAGUCCCAGGCAAUCACUCAGGCGUGGUUUUGAGCAUCAACUCCAGAGAGAUGCACAGUUACCUGGUUAGCUGAUAUUUGCAGCUGAACACAAAACCCGAAAGACUCUUCUCUGUACCAUUUUAUUUUUCCCUGAUGAUGUCACAAAAUUGCAAAUAUGGCUGUAAAUGCUGAUGGAGAGGAGGUUUCAUACCAGUCCUGUGGAAAAAACCAUCCAUCUUCAGUUACCAAGAGUGAAGGAUAUAUCGUGUUCACUCUAUGGCCUGGGAACUCAUCAUGAUUGAAACUCAAACUAUGGUAGCAAAUUUGUAGCCCUAGGCACCUUCAAUGCCACCUUAUUUCUUUUCUGUCUAUGCUCUAUUUCUUUAUGUUUAUUUUUAGAACGAUUGACUGUAACUUUUUAAUUGUAUUUUUAAUUGAGGUAUUCAGCAGAAGGCUGAGACUCUUCAUCCUGGAAAGGUGAUUUUUACACAAGUGACUAGACCAGAACAGAUGGUUGGUUGAUCACAUUGACAAUUUUUUUGGGAGGCCAAGUAUUUCUGUGCUGGGAAAGGACUGAGUGAGAGACAAAUGCACUCCUAGUUGAGACAAACUCUUAACUUAAACAUGUGUGAGACAAUCUAAUGAAUUUAGGCUUAGGUCCUUCUGUGGAUUAAAGGAAGUAAAAUGUUAAUUAGGAUAUCUCAUAAUAUAUGAUCAUGCUCUUGUAAGUGUAGCAAGUCCUGACAAACUAUCAGCACCAGUAUCUCCCCCAGUCCCACUCUGGGUGAAAGAAAAACACCAGCUUGAUGCUAUUUCCAGACCAGGUGCCUUCACUUGCAGACAGUCAUUUCAGUUCCUCUCUCCUUUCUCCUGAGUGAGCACCUCCAGGAUGAUGGCAGGUGCCAGAUGAGUUAUCCUGUAAAACCCUGUGCUAGUGGCCUGUCUCUUUUUAAAUUUCCAGAGAGUGUAAAUACUUCUUUUAAGUCACUUUCUUUGUAUGGUUAUUUUUUUUAAAAUUUCCUGUUUGGGCAGAUGUGCCAGAUAGGUCAAAGCUCUCCUCCAGGAAUGGCUGGGUAGCACCACCAUCUCCUUCCCACUGCAUCCCUUUUUGAGAUUUCCUCUGGAUCUUUGCCCUUGCAGGUUGGAGUGGGCAAACUCUGACCUUUUCCACUAGGGUUAGUUUGACAAUCUGAAUUGUCAUGGAGAGGAUGGGAUGGGAUUUAGGGGUUCAUAUUUCCUUCCCAUCACCACAGGGUGUCACUCAGUCCCUACCACCACUGGCCCCUAUUCCUGCAGGGAGGGCAAGAGAGGGAGGGAGGGGCUUCUGGAGGAGCUGCCUGCAGAAAGGCUGGUGAGUCAGGUCAGUGUUUCCUAAUCCCAAUCUGAGCUGGGUCAGAGUUU